AUGGGAUGGGGGAGAGUGGCCGAAGAUGAAAUUGAGAAACUGGAAUCAAGAAUCACACAGAGAAGGAAAAAGAAGGAAAAUGGGUUAAAAGCAGGAAGAGGAAUGGAAAGCUGGCAGAUUGGAGGUGAAGGCAUCCUCACAUUUAGUGUUUCUAUGUUAAUUGUGGUUAUAUGGAGGGUUAUUGCUCACUUUUUUUUUGGAGCUUCCGGCCGCGAUGACUUCAACACAUUUAUGGAACAGAAGCUUUUAGAGGCCAAAGAAAUUGAAAAUAAUAUUAUUGAUAAUUAUGAUUAUGAAGAAAAUGAUGAUGCUGUUGAAGAUGACGAUAACGUUGAUGACAUUUAA